CACACUCCAGCGCCUUUCCCCGCGGCCUGGCGAGAGCACAUCCGGGUCGCUGGAGCAGGUGCCUCAGGCCCCGCCCCGCCAGCGCUUGUCCCGACUUCCGGCCAUCUCAGGCCUUUUCCGCUUGUUCUCUACCGGCUCUGUCUCUGCUUCCCGGGUCGUUCUCGGCUCUAGGCCCCAGCCCUUCAGCACCCCUUCCCCGCACCGAGCGACUCGCUCCUCAUCCCAAAUCUCUCCGAGGCUCCGAGCAACUCUGCGGUGCGUCUUCGCGGUGCGGCUCGGGCCGAGGCCUGCCGUGCGCAGUGAGCCCGUGCAGACCUGACCCCGCGUCUCCCCGCAGCUCCGUUGAGGCCGCUCGGGAUGCCCCGGCCGGGGUCCGCGCAGCGCUGGGCGGCCGCCGCGGGCCGUUGGGGCUGCAGGCUGCUCGCGCUGCUGCUGCUGCUGUUGCUGGUGCCAGGGCCCGGUGGCGCCUCUGAGAUCACCUUCGAGCUCCCCGACAAUGCCAAGCAGUGUUUCUACGAGGACAUCACGCAGGGCACCAAGUGCACCCUCGAGUUCCAGGUGAUUACUGGUGGUCACUAUGAUGUAGAUUGUCGAGUAGAAGAUCCUGAUGGUAAUGUGUUAUACAAAGAGAUGAAGAAACAGUAUGAUAGUUUUACCUUCACAGCCUCCAAAAAUGGGACAUACAAAUUUUGCUUCAGCAAUGAAUUUUCUACUUUCACACAUAAAACCGUGUAUUUUGAUCUUCAAGUUGGAGAAGACCCACCUUUGUUUCCUAGUGAGAACCGAGUCAGUGCUCUUACCCAGAUGGAGUCUGCCUGUGUUUCAAUUCACGAAGCUCUGAAAUCUGUCAUCGACUAUCAGACUCAUUUCCGUUUGAGAGAAGCUCAAGGCCGAAGCCGAGCGGAGGAUCUAAAUACAAGAGUGGCCUAUUGGUCAGUAGGAGAAGCCAUCAUUCUUCUGGUGGUUAGCAUAGGGCAGGUAUUUCUUCUGAAAAGCUUUUUCUCAGAUAAAAGAACCACAACAACUCGUGUUGGAUCAUAACUACGUUUUGAGAAUUGAUGCACCAUUGCCGCUGUAAUAUUGCUGUCCUCUAAUUAAUUUUAGGUACCGAAGGACUUAAUAUUGGCAACAUUUUUAAAACCUUACUCAUACACUUGUUGGGGUGGAUGUACAAUGCAUAUCCCCAAGCUGUGGAAAGGACACCUUUUUUAUUUGUAAAGGUAGAAACACUUUGGAACUUACUUUGGGCUCUUCAUAAAUAUUCAACCUAAUGAUCUACUCUUUCCUUGGUUGUUUAUAUCUACUCUUCGCACACUAAACUUUGGUAUUUUGAUUCCUUUUAGCCAUUUAAAAGUACUUUUCUUGUAGGUAGUGGAUAUUUUAAAAACCUUUGAUUUAAUGUCUACCUGUGUUGUGGAGGAAGAAAAUUGCCUUUUAGUUGUUUAUAGCAAAUAAAGUUUUGUUGUUAAGAAAACGAAUUAUGAUUAACUGUAGCCCAAGCCCUAUUCUGCACUGUUUAAUUUUGUGGGGAAAAAAAUUACCAUAGAAAUGUUAGUUAAUAUUGAUAUAAUUUUAAAUUGAUCCAUCAUGGUUUAAUUUAUUUCUUUUGCUUAGAAAGUGUCAUUUUUGUUGUUUGGGUUUAUUCUAUGAUCUAUAACCAGAUAUGUUACUUUUUUCAUAAAGAUACUCUUACCACAUAGAAUGUAGUAUGUUUCAGUAACAUAAUAGAGCUUAUAUAGGCCUUAAAAAUCAGACUGUUGUAACAGGUAAAAAUAAACGGAGAAUAAUUUAAGACACUAAGUGGGGGACAAGUGAAAUGAGAAAACUUUUACUGAGUUAUUGGCACAUAACACAUUUUUAGUGCUUUUACAAAAAAAAGGUGAUCUGUUUCAUUUUAAACAUUUGGAUUGGCUAGUUCUUGCUCUUAUGUGGCUUUACCAUCUUUGAGUUUUUCACAUCUUAAAUUGACAGUUGUAAUAUAGUACUGUAAAAGUGCCAUACAUUUUAUCCUGAUGGGUGUGAUGCACUGAGAAGUUAGUUUCUUUGGUUUCUUCUUUUUUUAUUUUUUCUUUUUUUGUUUUUUUUUUGUCUUGCACAUGUAAUUUGUACAAUCUCUGGUUAGCAGACCUAAGGUGAUUUAAAGAAUUAGAGUGUUGUGUGUGUGUUUCUUAUUUGAUAAUCUUCAUUGAUUGUACUGCAUUUAGUGAGUAUUAAAUAGUGCAUUUUCUGUACACCGUAGGGUUUAGACUAUAUUUGUAUUCUAUAACUUGUAUAGAUUGAGCUGAUUGAAGUAAGAUUUUAUUCUAGAAUAGAAUUCCAUAUAUUCUAGAAUAGAAUACAAGAUGAUACAAAAUUAUAUGUGUUUAAAGCUUUUAUGCUGUUAAAAAAAAAUGCAACGCUUUUUGCCAUGCUUCUCUCCCCCACCUAAAAGUGAUGAGUGCUGGGCAAGACUCAUGUUGUUAGGACUUUGAUAUGUGGUACCAUGGAAUACUGAUUGGAUAGCAGUUCUAGUUGCUUAGCAUCACUGACUAGAAGUUAGCUCUUACUUCCAAGCUAUCUUAAAAUGCAUAUAUAAGAGCAAAAUGAAUUCAGGUAGUCCUGCUUACUAAUUUCAGGUGCUACAGUGUAGCAAGGGAUGAACAUAUUUUCAACCCUUUAAUUCUAAAGUUUUUGAAGACCAAAUAGCUACUCCUUCAAAAAUAUUUGUCACUGGAUUAAGAACUGAAGUUUAAGAUUUUGCAGAUUUAUCUAUUGGGGUUCUUGUAUAGGAGUUGUCCUGCAGUUUUGUAAGUGUCCCUCUGUGUUUAGAUUUGCAAAUCUUAAACGCUAAUGUUAGAGUGAUUGAUAAGCCUGGGUGUAUGUUAAAUGUCCUUUACUGGUUGCCUUUAUGCUCUGUUGUGUUCAGAUAGUUACACCGUAAUUAAGUGAAGUCAGGUAUCAUCAGUGUGCCGAGUUUGGCAUAGAUAAUGCAGUUAUUUAAUCUGUGCCUAUCAAAACUUCAUGAUGUUAGACUAUUACCACAAAUAAGUUGUGGUGAAACUAUUGAGAUGUAUUAAAAGUUUUGAAAUCACCACUGUUACCUGUUAUAGAAAAUAAUACCAGCUUAGUUUAGUCUGUUUGUAGCUGGUUAAAGUUUGAUGGCUGUCUAUACUAAACUAGAUAUGUAUAUAAAAGUUAGAAAAUACAUAUCUAUCCAGACAUGAAUAUUAAGUAAGAACUUUAUUUUCUUCCUUCUACCAUAUAGUUUGUAGCUCAUCUCUUUUCUUUAAGCCUUUCAUAACUUGUUGCAACAGUUUGAAAUUUCCCAAGUAUUUAUGUUUGGACGUAUGGCUCAGAAUACAUAUUUAAACAUCAUUAACUGUAUAUAUUUUUAAAGUAGAACAGAUAAUGGAAAGGGACUUGAUAUACAAGUUUGUACUAAAAUUUCAACUGUGUGAAGAUACAUUUUAAGAUAUUACUUUGCUAAUAAUCUAAACAUUCUUUUUUUAUUAAACAAAUAGUUUGGGGUUCACAACUUUCAUCCUGGCUUGAUGAUAAUCAACUUUGAAAACAGUGAACUGAAAAGCAGUUUUAUUCUUUGAAAGAUUUCAUUUAAAUCUCUGUACUAUCCACUUUUGCUUCAGUUUGUAAAUGUGUAACGUUUAUGGUUAAAUAUGACAUAGCAGACCCUAUGACUAUUGUUUUCAGAAAUUAAACAAAUUGGUAUAUAAAUAAUUCAAAGGGGCUUUUCAUUUACUUUUGAAAAGAAAAAGAAAUUUCUCUAAACAUGUUGGUUCUGCAGGAUUGCACCAAUCAAUUCUUGUAGAAUAAAAAAAUCUUUCAACGAACUGACCUCACUUGUUUCUGUCAGGAUUUAAAUUUUUUUAAAGCUCCUUAUCGACUUGCAGCUGGGAGUACAGUUUUGUAGCAAAAGAGUGAUAAUUUAUUUGAUAUUUCGUUGAAACAUCUUAGGGACUGACCAAGAAAGUUAAAGAACAGAAGUAACAACCUCUAAACCACCUCACUUCUAACCUUCUUUUUGGAUUUCUUACUGAAAGUUUGGGUGAAUGUGAGUUAAGCCUUCAGUUCCCUAAAAAGCUCUGAAUUUUUAGGUAAAUGAACCUUAGAUUGUAUAAUGCCAAGUUUUCUCAGUUUUUCCCCCUUUAUAAGAUGUUAUUCGGGGCAUUCUGGUUCCUAUACACAACCCUACAAAAGCAGCAAAGAAAUAACAGUAAUAUAGGUUAACAUUUAUUGAAUGCUUUCCUCGUGCUAGGUGCUGUGCCUAGUAUCUUAUUUGUAUUGUCACGUUUCAGCUUUGCAGUAAUCCUAUGAACUAAGGAUAUAUAUUCUUAAGAUCUUUAUUGUGGUUAUGGUUCCUGUGCAGUAAACUACACAUAUUUUAGAUCUACAGUUUGAUGAGUUUUGAUAGAUGUAUAUGAACUAAGGAUAUUAUUCCCAUCUUACAGAUGAGAAAACGGAGGUGUAGAGAGGUUGUUAAGAAUCCUGCCUAUAUCACAAUUAGUAAUUAGCAAAGUGUGAACAUGAACCAUGCCAGUCUGGCUCCAGAUCCCUCUUUCUCAACCACUAUGCAAUACUACCUUACAAACAUUAAUUAAGGAUAGGUCUCUGAAGGGUUAGCAAUCUUGAUUUCAGUAUAGCUCAAUAGCUGUUCAGUGUUUGGUUUUGGAAUCAGCCAAGUUCAGAUCAUGGUAGUGUGACCUCCCACAAAUGAUUUUAUUAACUCUGUACAUUUCUGCUUCACUUAUUACUAAGGUAAUACCUACUAUAAUGAGAAUAUAAUGAGAUGUUUAUAAACACUUAGGGUUAGUGCCUAUCAUAUAUAAGCCCUUAAUAAAUAAUAGCUAUAUUUUUUAUCAUCAGCCCAGUUUUAGUCUCUUGAUCUUUCUUUAGUUCCUCAAGUUCUUACUGUAGCCUCUAUAUGGCUCUUAAAUGAUAUGUAGCACGAAUAUGAAAGUCUAUCAUGUACAUAAUAGCCUGCCAGAAGUUUCAAAAAUUAAUAAGAUAAUCUGACCUCCAGGAACAUAGUAGUUGUAGGAUGGCUAUAAAUGCAACUAAUGUUAAGUAAGUAAUGAAGCAGAAUGGACUUGAAGUUUCCAAGACCGAGUUCUAGAGGAGGAAAGACGUAUGUAGAUCAAAAGACUUACUCGUCAAGGAGUUUUCUUUGUCAUCUCCUGGGUGGGGAGGGGUGCAUUUUGUCUAGUUAGGCCAGCAGUUGAGUGGAUUAAUCUGAUUCAGGGAUGUGGACGUGAAUUUUUUGUUACAGAUCAAAAACCAUUCUUUAACUGUUACUAGUAAAGGUGCUGUUUGAUCUGCUGAAUAACUUCUCUAUCUCAGUUGCUUCCAAAUUGUGGAGGAAAAUAUGGGGAUGUUAUCCACCAAGUAUGCUGUUUUUCAGUCUGCUUUCUCCAUUUUAUCCACAAGGUAGCAUCAUUAGGAAUGAUUACAAUCCUUGCUGAAGUCAACAUUUAUUAGAGGUAACACUGGUCUGGCUUGAUUUGUUUUUAGUGCUGGUGAUUACUAGUGACUACCACUACCUUAAAAAGAAAAGGCAACACGAGAAUUUGAGAAGUAAUGGUUCAAAGAGUAAAAUCUACCCGUAAGCCACUAUCCAUUUUGAUGUAUUUCAGGUAUUUUUUUAUAGAUAGAGAUGUAUAUUUUUAAAGAAUUGGUAUUGUCUAUAACAAAUUUUUAAACUUUUAGAAAUUGUGAAAUUUGUCAUAAUAUAGAAGAGGGUAUUAAACACGUACAAUUUAAAAAGAAAAUUAUAAAGCACAUACUCAUAAUAAUUAAUGCUCAGGUUAAGAAAUGCAAUAUUGCCAGCACCAUAAAAAGAUCCUAUGUAUCUUUUCCAGAUCACAUUCCUGAAUUUCCUCCCUAGAGAUAACUAAUGUUUUUCUUGUAAUGAAAAUAUUGUUUUCUUUUUCUUUCUACCAGUUAUGUAUGCUAGUUCUUCUCAAACUACUUUUGAAAAAAUUUCCAAGUUAUCACAAACUCACAAUACAAACGUAUAAAUACAAAAUCAUGCUUGAAUGCUUUGGUAAUACUGAAUUGCUACCAGCCUUUCUAAAUGCUUACUUUCUCUGCAUGCUUCCUCUCACUUUAAGUGCUUCUCUCUUCAUCAGCCAAAAACAGUUCAGUAUGGUCACUGGACCACACUCUGAAUGGUACUGAUGUCUCCUUUCCUGAAAAAUGUCUAAAAAAAUCAGGCAAAAGUAAACUUUAAUAAAUAAAGUUUAAUGGAGUAUUAAAUUCUGUUUAAUAAAUUAGAUAUUACAUGUCUUCUUUCGUGACUUUGUUUUGCUACAUCAUCCGUGUUGAUGCACCUGGCUGUAAUUUUCAUUACCGUGUGGUAGUCCAUCAUAUAAAUACAUCAGAGUUAUGUGUCUGCUCUACUGUGAUGGAGUUUUGCUGUUACAAACAAAGCCACUAUGAAUAUUUCUGUAUAUUAUGUUCUGUUACACAUGUGUAUCAUCCCUUGAGAAUACAUCUAGGAGUGGAAUUGUUGGCUUACAGAGUAUGUGUGUUUUCAUCUUUACUAGGUGCACCUAGCUUUCCUAAAGCAAUUGUCUGAAUCAGUGCUUUCACCAGUAGCAAUAGAAAGUUCCAUAUUUGAUGUUGUGAGACUUUAAAACUUUUGAAAAUCUCCUGGGUUUAUAAUGUUGUAAAGGCAGCACUUAAGAAUUUCAGAAAUAAUGGUUCAGAGAAUAAAAUCCACCUGUAAUUCCAUUA